CCUCACCCUCUUCCUUCUCCUCCGAUAUCCCUCCAACCUCUCUCGUCCCGCUCCGUCUCGCUUUCAAAAGCAUCAAUCACUCAACCCUGAGCCUUUUCACAAGAGCCUACAAGUCCACUAGAUCAUCUCGCUCUUCGCAGCCACUUGAUCGCCCUCCGACUUUCAGCCGCUCUUAGUCAAGGCCACUUCGAUCUAUCGAACCAACAACGACAGAAAUACUAACCCCAUCCAGGAACCAUUAGCUUGAGUCUCUUGGAGCUCGUUCGAUCUAUUGGAGCUCUUUUCAUCUCCUCGAUACAUUCACUUGUCAUCCGUUGGAGACAUUAUAUUUCCUCGGUACUGCAUAUCCAGUCAGCAUCAUGGCAACUGCAUCAGUAUCAACACCUCUCAAGUCCCACACGGGACUCUUCUCUUCCCGUACCGCUGGCGGACGCAUGCCCUUGACCCCCUCGCCCCGUCAACGUGCCUCAACCACCAGUGUCCCCGUCAACCUCAACUCGUCACCCUUCACACCGGAACGACAGUCAUCAAGCAACGACGGGUACCGGGCGUCCUCUAAGUCCGUCUAUGGAGGGAACCUGUCUGCACACCUCACAAAGUCUAGCUCGAAGGCCCACCGUGACUCGCCCAAGUCCAACAUCGUCCGUGGUGUUGCGACCCCGCGGAAGGCCCUCGAGCUUGGCGUGUCGGACUUUACACUGACCGGAACUGGUCAUCACAGCAAGACUCCUUCUAGCACCAAGUCCAAGAAGGUCCCCCUGAGGCAGAAGUCAAACAGGACGACGCUGUCCUAUGCCGCAGAUCGAUUCAUCCCCAACCGUGGUGCCAGCUCGGCCAUCGCCAACGUGGGGUCUGGGAAGCUGGACUUCCCCGAGAAGCAGCGGCCCAAGACCAGUGCCGGCAGCGAAUCGUCGGCAGUUCUGUCCAACGCCACGGACGACGCUAUUGCCGCCCUCGAAGGGUUGAACAUCGACGAUGAUGAGCCGGCGACAUACUCGCGGCCCUCACCAAACACUGUGGCAUACCAGGACUCGUUGGCCAACGCCUGUGGAGUCAGCCUCAACACUCGCAUUCUCCAAUUCAAGCCUGCGCCCCCAGAGUCUUCCAAGCCGAUCGACUUGCGUCAGCAGUACAACCGGCCCCUCAAGACGGCCAAUGCAAGCUCGGCACAGUUCAGGCGCCGCGUUGCCACCGCUCCUGAGCGGGUGCUGGACGCGCCGGGCCUCAUCGAUGACUACUACCUCAACCUCCUUGACUGGAGCUCCGGGAACCAGGUGGCAAUUGGCCUGGAGCGGAACGUCUAUGUCUGGUCGGCCGAUGAGGGAAGCGUCAGCUGCCUGUUGGAAACCAGCGCCGACACCUACGUCAGCAGCGUCAAGUGGUCAGGCGACGGAGCGUACGUCGGCGUCGGACUCGGAACUGGUGAAGUCCAGAUCUGGGACGUGGCCGAGGGCGCCAAGAUCCGGAGCAUGUUCGGGCAUGACACGCGCGUUGGUGUCAUGGGCUGGAACAAGCACCUCCUCUCGACCGGUGCACGAAGCGGCUUGGUCUACAACCAUGACGUUCGUAUCGCCGAGCACAAGAUUGCCGAGCUCGUUUCUCACACCUCGGAGGUUUGCGGCCUGGAAUGGAGAUCGGAUGGCGCACAGCUCGCUACUGGCGGCAACGACAACCUCGUGUCCAUCUGGGACGCCCGGUCGCUCUCGGUUCCUAAGUUCACCAAGACAAACCAUAAGGCCGCUGUAAAGGCUCUCGCGUGGUGCCCGUGGAACAUGAACCUUCUCGCAACCGGAGGCGGAUCCUACGAUCGCCAUAUCCAUUUCUGGAACACCACGUCGGGCGCACGCGUCAACAGCAUCGAUACCGGUUCCCAGGUCACCAGCCUCCGCUGGAGCCCCCACUACCGAGAAAUCGUCAGCUCAAGUGGCUUCCCUGACAACUCGCUCAGCAUCUGGAGCUACCCUACUCUCGUCCGCAAUGUCGAGAUUCCCGCUCAUGAGAGCCGGGUCUUGCACAGCUGCCUCAGCCCAGACGGACAAAUGCUCGCUACAGCAGCGGCAGAUGAGAGUCUGAAGUUCUGGAAGAUCUUCGAGAAGAAGGCCGGUGCGACCGCCGGUGUUGCUGGAGCUGGGUCUUCCGGCAAGGCAGACAUGGUCAAGCAGAUGACAAUCCGCUAAGGACCUGGGAUGUGGCCAGCGGAUUGCAGAAACUGGGUAGUGUCAGAAUCAAGCACACAGACAACGGUAGGUAUACGGGGUUCCUUCUGGCAUUCAUCGGUUGAUUUCCGUCACGUCGUCCUUUCAGCGCGGUGUUGGGGAUUUGGGACAGGCUUUCCUUCCCGCCCAAGUGCGGUAUGAACGGGCUGCUAUGCGAUGCGGGAAUGAUAUGGAUCUGCUUGGUCAUGAGUUAUGAAGACACACUUUGAGUAUGCUGUAUGGUAGAAUGAUUCGCCGAAUGCCACAAGGGCAAAGCAACAGUAGCAUAAUUGAACCACAAUCGGUGAAUAAUUUGACGCCUCGCUGAGGCAGGAGCUCUUUA